CAUUAAUCAGCAAUAACCUUAUUUCAUAACCUUUACUGAUUCCGACACCAGUCACUUGGACUUGGUGGUGGGGGCAAAAGAUCCCUAAUUCAAGAUGAGCAUCACCAAGAAAGAUGUGCAAAAGUUCCUGGAUGAAAACCCAGAUUUCGCCAAUGUUUAUUUCAACAAGAAGCUGAAGCCGGGAUCCAUCGCGGCCAUGAUUGGCCGACCGGAGUCCAAGGUGGACUUCGACACCUUCAAGGCCCUCAGUCAGGUGGAGGAGGGCGAGAUCCUGUGGGAACUGGUGAGCGACAUGCAGGAGAGCAUCAACAUGGAGAAGGUGGUCUUCAAGAUCCUGAAGAGGAUCAGCUUCCUGAUCGGCGCCGACCGCUGCAGCCUGUUCAUGUACCGCCAGAGGAACGGCAUCGCCGAGCUCGCCACGCGCCUCUUCAACGUGCACAGCGGCGCCACGCUGGAGGACUGCCUGGUGCAGCCCGACUCCGAGAUCGUCUUCCCUCUCGACAUCGGGGUCGUGGGCCACGUAGCCCAGACCAAGAAAACGGUCAAUGUCAAAGAUGUCUCAGAGAACAGUUAUUUCAGUCCGUUUGUUGACGAAUUGACAGACUACACCACCAAGAACAUCCUAGCAACGCCCAUCAUGAACGGAAAAGAUGUGGUGGGAGUAGUCAUGGCAGUCAACAAGACAAAUGGACCCUACUUUACUCCUGAGGAUGAAGACCUUUUUUUAAAGUAUCUGAGCUUUGCCUCUUUGAACCUAAAGAUCUUCCAGCUGAGCUACCUCCACAACUGUGAGACACGGCGAGGUCAGGUCCUGCUUUGGUCGGCCAACAAGGUGUUUGAGGAGCUGACUGACAUCGAGCGACAGUUUCACAAGGCCUUGUACACAGUGAGAGCGUACCUGAACUGCGACAGGUACUCAGUGGGCCUUCUGGACAUGACAAAGGAAAAGGAAUUUUUUGACAUCUGGCCGGUGCUGAUGGGGGAGCAGCCACCGUACUCUGGACCUGUCACUCCCGACGGGAGGGAAAUUAUAUUCUACAAGGUCAUUGACUAUAUUCUACAUGGAAAGGAGGAGAUCAAAGUCAUUCCAACUCCACCUGCAGAUCACUGGGCAUUAGCGAGUGGGCUACCCACAUAUGUCGCAGAAAGUGGUUUUAUCUGCAAUAUCAUGAACGCACCAUCUGAAGACAUGUUCCAAUUUCAGACAGAAGCCCUGGAUGGUAGUGGCUGGACCAUAAAGAAUGUGCUGUCGUUACCCAUUGUCAACAAGAAGGAAGAAAUCGUGGGCGUGGCCACGUUUUAUAACAGGAAGGAUGGCAAGCCAUUCGAUGAACAGGAUGAGGUCAUCAUGGAGUCUCUCACACAGUUCCUGGGCUGGUCAGUGCUCAACACAGACACCUAUGACCGGAUGAACAAGCUGGAAAACAGGAAGGACAUCGCCCAGGACAUGGUGCUCUACCACGUUAAAUGCCGUGAUGACGAGAUACAGGACAUCUUGAAAACACGGGAAUAUUUUGGCAAAGAGCCUGCAGACUGUGAAGAGGACGAGCUUUUACAAAUCCUGAAAAAAGAACUGCCAGGUCCAAAGAAGUUUGAGAUCUAUGAGUUCAGGUUCUCUGACUUUGACUGUACAGAGCUGGACCUGGUGAAGUGUGGUAUUCAGAUGUACUACGAGGUCGGUGUGGUCAAGAAGUUCCAGAUUCCACAAGAGGUUUUAGUGCGGUUCAUGUACUCAGUCAGCAAAGGCUACAGGAGAAUUACCUAUCACAACUGGCGGCAUGGCUUCAAUGUGGGACAAACCAUGUUCACAUUAUUAACGACAGGGCUGUUGAAGCGGUAUUACACAGACCUGGAGGUGAUGGCCAUGAUCACCGCUGGCUUCCUGCAUGACAUCGACCACAGGGGCACCAAUAACCUCUACCAGGUGAAAUCACAAAACCCUCUUGCAAAGCUUCAUGGAUCAUCUAUUCUGGAAAGGCACCAUUUAGAUUUUGGAAAGUUUUUGCUGGGACAAGACUCCUUGAAUAUUUUCCAGAACCUCAACAGGCGACAGAUGGAGCAUGUCUUUCAUCUGAUUGACAUCGCCAUCAUAGCAACAGACCUGGCACUGUACUUCAAAAAGAGGACAAUGUUCCAGAAAAUAGUUGACCUCUCAAAGACGUAUGAAGAUGAAAAGAAGUGGGUGGAUUUCAUGUCCCUAGAGACAACAAGGAAAGAGAUUGUGAUGGCAAUGAUGAUGACAGCAUGCGAUCUGUCAGCCAUCACCAAGCCCUGGGAGGUGCAGAGCAAGGUGGCUCUAUCUGUGGCAGCCGAGUUCUGGGAGCAAGGUGACCUGGAGAGGACUGUUCUGGAGCAGCAGCCCAUUCCCAUGAUGGACAGAAACAAGGCUGCUGAACUGCCAAAGCUCCAGUGUGGUUUCAUCGACUUCGUCUGUACCUUUGUCUACAAGGAGUUCUCCCGGUUUCACCCGACCAUCCAGCCCAUGUAUGACGGCAUCCUGAACAACAGGAAAGAGUGGAAGGCCAGGCAGGAGGAGUACGAGGCCAAGCUGAAGGCCAUGGAGGAGGAGGCGGCGGCGAAGCAGGCGGCAGUCGGAGCCAAAACCACUGCUAACAGCCAACAAAAUGGAGGCGCUGGGUCCAAGACAUGCUCAGUCAGCUAGAGGUCUGGGAUGGGCAUAAACUGAGGGACACGCCGCUGACAACACGACCAUUCAGUCUGAACUGCACAGGGGAUAGAGCCAAGCCUCCGCCCCUCAGAACCACAGGACCCACGCCGGACCUCAUCCUACUGUCCAGACACUCGGACACACAGCCACCUAGAUACACAGCCACCUGGACACAGACACCCGGACACACAGCCACCUAGAUACACAGCCACCUGGACACAGACACCCGGACACACACUAGCCAGCCACACAACCAUGCCGGUAUGGCCAUCGCCAAGGUUACAACUCAUUGCUUUCCUUUAUCAGAAGGCAUUCCCUCACAUUAAAAAAAACAAAAAAACAAAAAAAAAACAUUUCUCCAGGUCAUACCAAUCUAAGUCACUAGUUAUGACAUCCAUUGUUUCUAUCCCACAAUCAGUCAGAGUUAUUGAAGAUGCUGUCACUGUUAGGGAGAACCCUGUACAUGGUGACUAGGUGGUGCAAAGGUGGUAUGUUAUUAACACAACAGCUAUGUCCUUGUUUAAAAAAAAUCUAAAAAUGCAUGCAAUUAUAUUCCUGUAUAUGGACUGUUGUGCCGCAGAUGUCUUGUUGGAUGGCACAACAAAUUAAAUAAUAGGGUGUAUAUGUUUUAGUAUAAAUUUUAUACAUAUAUUAUAUAAUUCUGUAUAUCGAUAAGUUAAAAUUGAAUAAUUCCUAAACCGGUGGGGCAUUUUGUUGCUAGAAUCUAGAUUUAGAACGUGGAUGAACGAUUUUGGUUUAACAUCUAUGCAUUUUAAAAAUGGUUAUAUUUUUUCAUGACAUAAUCACCGUGACUUGUGGUUCUCUAUCCUUCCAGUCAUAAAACAUUUACAUUUAGAAAAAAAGGAAAGGCUCAGCAAAUCUAGAAUGUUUGCACUUUAAAUGACAGGUUGUAUUUGCUGUAUAAUUUCUGAUGUGAAAAUGGCUGCUAAUAGCAAUACUGAUUCCUCUGUAGAACAAUAGAUUCACUGGUUAGCAACAUCAAGCACUGUGAGAUUUUACAAGAAGGUGCAAGCAUGUCUGGGAUGUGUAUAAAAGCUGGCCCUCUAGAAGGGGUGUAUGAAAUACAAUUGCUUAUUGGCUACAACAUAGAACAUGUCAUGCGGUUGCUGUUUUUGCCCUAAAGUAAAUUAUCAGUAUGAACAAACUCUUUUGUGGGCCAGAAAAUAUUAACGAUCACAUACAGUGAUCACAUGUUCUGCAGGUGAUCAAUGUUUUUGAAACUCAUGCAAAUGUAUGGUGUCGCUCACACAUUACUGUGAUUUUCUCAGACUUACCGUACUGUCAAUGCUAUCAAGUGGACAGAGGAAAGUUGUGCAACAAUGAUUUUAGAUUUUUAUAAAUAAGACCGUACGAAACACAACUGCUGAAGAACAUUAUUGGUUUAAGCAUGUUCAUUUACAUGGCCAGUGGUGAUCAAACAAGUUCUUUAGUCAUAAUGUAUACCCACUCAAAAUUAGGUCCAAUGAGAACUUUUCAGUACCCCGUAGUGUGAACAUGUUUGAGAAUCACUGCUGUAGAAAUAUAAAAGCCAGUGGCCUUGAAACAUCUAGUGUUAGUGAGGGGAACUAAUUGUAACUGAAUAGUAACAACAUGUGUGUGUGUCAUUACACUAAAUUUUUAUGUUAUUGCACUCAGAAUGUCUUUAAGUGAUUGCUUCUACAGUUCUACAUUUUUACACCCAAGAGUGUGUCUGUGUGAGUGACUGUGGGGGAGGGUCAAAGGAUUCCACACCAGACUGAAUAUAUUCUAUAAGUUAUACUUGGGAAAUAUUUUCAAAUGAGAAUAUACAUUUACUGUAAAUACAUUCCACAUGUAAAUAUCUUUAAAGUAUAGAAUAAUAUUAUUGUAUUUUAACUACAUUAUAUUUCUUUCUCCUUUAAAUUAGCUCAACCAUUAGCGUUAAACAAUCAUGAAAUACUAAAAAUUUAAUGUAUAGCAGUAAAUAUUCCUCAUAUUAUGCAUCUCCCAUAUAUGGUAAAGUAAUCAUGAACUUCUGUACAGUCAAUGACAAUUUAUUGAGUAUUUUUUCAAUUUAUUGAGUCUUUUAUGUAGCUGUUUUAAAUUUAUAAUUUCAUACCAAGCCCAUUUCUGACUUUUUAAGAAUUAAAAAAAGCAGGCAAUACCUGUAACAUUUUUAUGUCAAAUACAUAUCAUGUUUUCUUUUUGCUUUUGAAGAAUAUUACAUGCUAAAUAAACAGCUUAAUAUUUAGGGUUAUUGUGAGGCUAGGCCUGUAUGUUUAUGCAAAAUAACACAAAACAAAAUGAUGUAUGAAUCUUGAAUAACCCCAACAAGCACAAAUGUUUUUACAUAAAGCAAUGAUAAAAACUGUUGGAAACAAAGCUUGUUUACAUUGUCCUGUGAGUGUGUGUG